AUGUGCGUCGUCGAAACCUCCACCGCCGGUCGCGAAUACAAAGUUCGCGACAUGGCCCAAGCCGACUUCGGUCGCAUGGAAAUUGAACUCGCGCAAGUCGAAAUGCCGGGUCUCAUGUCGUGCAUCGCCGAAUUCGGGCCGGCGCAACCGCUCGCGGGCGCGAACAUCUCCGGUUCUUUGCACAUGACCAUCCAAACCGCGGUGCUAAUCGAAACGCUCGUUGCGCUCGGUGCCAACGUGCGUUGGUGCUCGUGCAACAUCUUCUCUACGCAAGAUCACGCCGCCGCCGCCGUCGCGCGCGACUCGGCCGCCGUCUUCGCGUGGAAGGGCGAGACGCUCGAGGAGUACUGGUGGUGCACGGACCAAAUGCUCAACUGGGGCGAAGGCUCCUUGGACAUCAUCGUUGAUGACGGUGGUGAUGCCACCUUGUUGAUCCACGAAGGUUACAAGGCUGAGCUCGAGUUCGCCAAGUCUGGCGCCAUCCCGGACCCGGCGUCCACGGACAACGCCGAGAUGAAGUGCGUGUUGAAGAUCAUCGCCGAAAACUUGAAGACCAACCCGAAGCGCUGGCAAAAGAUCGUUUCCACCUGCGUCGGUGUCUCCGAAGAGACCACGACUGGUGUGAAGCGUCUUUACGAAAUGCAAAAGGCGGGCGAACUCUUGUUCCCGGCCAUCAACGUCAACGACUCCGUCACCAAGUGCAAGUUCGACAACCUCUACGGUUGCCGUCACUCUUUGCCGGAUGGUAUCAUGCGCGCCACUGACGUCAUGAUCGCGUCCAAGACGUGCUGGGUCGCUGGCUACGGUGAUGUCGGUAAGGGUUCCGCCGCCGCGCUCAAGGCUGCCGGCGCUCGCGUCAUCGUGUCUGAAAUCGACCCGAUUUGCGCGCUCCAAGCCGCCAUGGAAGGUUACCAAGUCGCCCCGAUCGAAGACGUCGUCGACCAAGUCGACAUCUUCAUCACCACCACGGGUAACAAGGACAUCAUCAUGGUCCAACACAUGGAAAAGAUGAAGAACAACGCCAUCGUCGGUAACAUCGGUCACUUCGACAACGAAAUCGACAUGGCUGGCCUCGAAUCGUACCCGGGCAUCAAGCGCCAAAACAUCAAGCCGCAAUGCGACCGCUUUGAAUUCCCGGAUGGCCACGGUAUCAUCAUGCUCGCCGAAGGUCGUCUCCUCAACCUUGGCUGCGCCACCGGUCACCCGUCCUUCGUCAUGUCGUGCUCCUUCACCAACCAAGCCAUCGCUCAGCUCGAGCUUUGGAACGAGCGCAAGUCCGGCAAGUACGAAAAGAAGGUGUACGUCCUCCCGAAGCACUUGGACGAAAAGGUUGCCAUGCUCCACCUCGCGAAGAUUGGUGUCAAGCUCACCAAGCUCUCCACCGAUCAAGCGCAGUACAUCAACGUCCCGGUCGAGGGUCCGUACAAGCCCGCGGCGUACCGCUACUAG